AAUGUCAUCCAUAGAGUUAGAAGCCAAGAAUUGUACACUUCAUUAGCUAGAAAUACUUGCUGUUGAUCUCAAAGCUCCUAAAGAAAAAAAGGAAAAAUUCUUAUGCGUAAAAUGUUUGAUUGAGAGAGUUGAUGGAAAUUAUAUAGUAUUAUUGAAAGAAGGUCUUGAAAUGAUUUAGGAGAUGAAAAACAAAUGUAAACUAUAAGUCAUGACAGAUACCCAACAACAAUUAGAAAAUAUUAAGAAUCUUUAAUCAUCUGUUUCUGAAAUUAAUAAACUUUUUUCAGAUGUAUUUGGGAAAUUGUAAAAUAACUUUGAUGAAAAUAUCAAUUCAAAUUAAUAGGAAAUUGAAUGCAAGGAAAAAACUAUAGAAGAUUUAAAUUUAGAUUAAGAUUUUGAAACCUUAUCUAAUUAUUAUAAAGGAAACUUUGUUUAUGAUACUCCAAAACAAUAAAUAGAUAUAGAAAGCUUCAAAUCAUUAAUGGAUAGUAUUUAAAGUUAACUUUCUUGGAUGUCAAAUGCGUAAUAAUUCUCUUAAAUAUUUGAAUCCAUAAAAAAAAUUUAAACUUCAUAUCAAAUGGAACAGACUGUUUCUAGAAAAGGAAUAGAUAAACAUGUAUUUAUUAAAUUAAAUUAAUUAGAAAACUCUAAGCCUAGGUUAAACAUGUAAUAAUAAUGAUCAUGGCUUAGAAAUCAUAAUGAUUUAUCUUAAUGAAAAUGAAUCUGAUCAAAGUGGAUUAGCAUGCUCAAGAUGUAUUCAGUAAUAUCCAAGAAGAGAAUAUAUUACAAUAGAAGAUGCAAAUAUAAAAUGGAAAGAAUUCAAAAGAUAAUAAAACUAAAUGAUAACUAAUUAUAAUAAUAAUAGAUUUGCUAAAUUUACUUCUGCUAUCAAAUCCAUUUAAUAAUUAAAAGACAUUUAUAAUCAAACUUUGUCUGAUAUUAUUUAAUAAUUAGAAAGAAAGCGAAUUAUGAAUAAAGAUAUGUCUUAAACUAAUUAAACUAUAGUAGAAGAAAUAUAUGAAUUACAUGAACAAGAAAUUUAAAAGGUAGUUGAAAUUUUAAGUUUGAAAGAUAAACAUCUAAAAUUAAGAAAAGAAUAAGAAAAUUAAGAUUAAAUUGAUUCAAUAUUUUAUUAGAAUCUAAAAUAAAACUUGGAGAAUCUUAUGAAAUAUGAUUUAUUAACAAAACAUAAUUUAUUGAGAAUAUAGAAUUAAAAUUAAUUAAAUGAAUAAAAAGUAGAUUAAAUUAUAGAUAUAGAUGAAAAAGGUCAAACUAUAGAUAUCAAUUUAUUCAUUAAGAAAUUUGAGUUAUAAGAUGAAUAUAUUUCUAUACUUGAUGAUGCAUUCAAUUUUUAUAGGAUGUUACAAUCAGACAUGGAUGAUUUAUAAAAUAAAGGAAAAUUAUCUUAAAUAUUGAAUUCAGAAGAAGAAACUCAAUCAUAAAUAAUCUAAUAAUAAUAUCAAGCAUUCUAAAAGAAUUCUAGUAAAAUGAAAGUAUUUAUAACUGCUGAAGAAAACUAUAAAUAGUUAGUGGCAUUGUCAGAUGAAUUAAAUUAAAAAAAAUAAUCAUAAUAAUUAAUUUAAACUUAAGUGGAUGAGUAAAAUAAAUAGAUUGAAACAUUAAAUUAGUAAUUAGAAUUAUUGAAAUAAGAAAAUACAAAAUAUAAAGAUGAAGAAUCUAAAAAGGAAGAAUCAAUUAAGUAGAUUGAAACAUUAAAUUAAUAAAUAGAAUUAUUGAAAUAAGAAAAUACUAAAAAUUAGCAAGAUGCCGAGGGAAAAUUAACAAUAAAGGAUCAAGAAAUUUAAACUGCUUAAUAAAAAUACACUUAAUUAUAAUAAGAGCACAACUAAUAUAAAGAAAACCUUAGAGAAUAGCCUAAGCUUCUCAGCGCCUAAUUUUGCACUGAAGUUUGCAAAUAAAUUGAGGAUAAAACAAAAAAGUCCAUUAGAUGUUCUUUACUUAUUUAUUAAGCAACAAGAGAUGGAAUGAAUUACACUGGUUUUUGGAAUAAAAUUAAUGGAAAAUCUAAUUUACUUAUUUUAUUUAAAUCUAAGAGUGGCAAUAUAUUUGGUGCUUUUUCUCCUUGUUAGUGGAUAUAAAAUAAAGAUGAUUAUGUGCAAGAUGAUACAUUAUCAUCAUUUUUAUUUACAUAGACUCACAAUUAAUUUUAUCCUUUGAAAGAAGCUAAUAAAGCUAAUGCUAUUUAUAGUUACUCCUCUUAUGGUCCUACUUUUGGAGGACAUGAUCUUUAUAUAGGUACAGAUUUUUAAAGUGGAUCUUCUAGCUUAGGGACAACUUAUUAAUGUGACUAAUACUAAAUUCCAGAUGCAACCAUCCAUUUGUUUGGAUAGGCAACACCAAAUUUAGAAGAAUGCGAAAUAUUUGAACUUAUUUUAAAAUGA